CGCGAAAUCAAAUAUAUAAACAAUGAACAGGUGCUCUCUUGUUAAAAUGUUAUGAAAACACGUCAAAGUUAUGCUUAAAAGCAAUAUACAUACAUCAUUCGUUCAUUUAAUAGUUACCAAUACUCGGCAUCCUUCAUCAUGUUUGCAUCGGCGGGCAAAAGGAAGUAUCCUUUCUUGAAUCAAGAGAUUUGUCACCAAGCGGCAAAUGUCCAACAUCGCAUCUUAACGGAUUCACAACAUUUUCUACCGAAAAGGGUUUGCAUUGGUAACCAGCUGGAGAGUAGUAACCAAGUACGUCUGACAACAAUCCGAGAGGAGAUUUAUAACUCGAUGCAAAUGAAUCGCACCAAUACGGCUGUCAAUCAACACCAAACUACACACAUUGGACAAACCACAGACAACUGUUCAAUGGAGACCAGUCCUGAAGAGCAGCACUAUGUCAACAAUAAUCUCAACAAUAACAGUAUGUGUGAGGGUAACAGACAGCAGAGCGUUAGAUGUACGCGCUGUGAGGCCGGUCAGGGGGGACAUUUUCAACACAUAUUUCAAUGAUCCUGUAUUGAUGUGAGGAUCUGGGAUAUACACAAAAGUGCCAUGGUACUACGGUGUACUAAUUCAGGGGAAAACUCCUCGCAGGCGAAGAUCACGUCUUUCUCUGCUGUAUACUUAGCAAGCAUGGAGACAGCUUGUGCAUGUCAAAUAUCAUGCAUUUUAAUAUAUUUUUAAAACUUUUAAAUUGAAAAUAAAUUGUUACCCAUCUUUAAAAUGAAAAAAAAGCAUAAUGCAGUGAUUUAUGGACACAAACAUUUGAGUCCUAGACCCCUCUGAGUUUCCUGUCACAUUCAUUGUUUUCUGAGAUACCACUGAAUCUGUUAGUUAAUGAUACUCAUCAAAAUUUUGAAAAUGAUCCUCAGAAAAGUAACUAGUUUUGUAAUCUCUGAACCACUUUACAAUGCCUGAAUUGUCAAGUUUAGAGACGGUAUCUUCCAAUAUUGAAUAUUGAAUAGCUCAAUUGAGUUUUGUUGCUUUCAAUAGUUUCUAUGUUAAUAAUAAUUUAUUAUUUCUAGUUUCUACUUAUAAUCAUGAAGUUAACGAUUCAAGUUGAUGAACAAAUAUAUAGUUAAAAAUUCAAGUUGAUGAAAAAAUAUAUAGUUAAAAAAUCAAGUUGAUGAAAAAAUAUAU